AUGGGAUGGCCAAAAUUAUCUAAAAAUAGUAGAGAUUCAAGAGAAUCAAGCAAGGAUAGGAGCUCUUCGAAAGGUCCUCAAGUUCCUCCACUUCCACCUGAUUUAGCCCAAGAAGCUGCAUCUGCGAAUGGUCCACCUCCCCCACAUCUUUCACGUCCUUUGGCAGCUCCAAAGCCUCAAAGGUUAAUGCCAUCGAUUCCACAGGAUAUGGCUUACAAUCUCGAAAAUCAGUCCAAUUCAACAAAUUCUGGUGUUAGUGAUAAAAAUAGUUCACUUAACUCGUCUUUCAACGAUCUAAACGUUGAUAUUCCCGAUAGAGGCCAAUCAUUAGCAAAUUCAGCUGCUCAGAAUCAUUCCUCACCAAAUUCAAACUCUAACUCUAAUCCAAACGUUUCUUUAAACCUAAAUGAGACUUCCCCUGCAUCUAUUUACAUGUCUCCUCCUUCUUUCUCUCCCUCAAUGCUUUACCCAGCAAGAAACGCAUCCACUAAUGGCCCUCCUUCGAUUACUGUCUCUCUACCUGACUUGAACACCCUAAUCGAUAUGAAAGGUAAACAGUCUCAACCUGCUGAUUUACUCGAGUGGUCAAAAGAUGUUUUGUCUUUUGUUGAGCGUAGAGAGCGCACUCUUUCUGUCACUGGUGUUCCAUUCGACAGACGUAAUCACGAUGAAGAAGCUCAAAUCGCGCCAUUGGUUGAUCAUGCCGUUCAAGUCAUCUUGACCUUAGCUGCUUCUUCAAACUCAACACCAAAAUCUGUUCUCAUUGAAGCUAUGUACUUCCGCGCAGAUAUGACUGCUUCCGGCGCAUACUCGGAUCACAGACCAAGAGACCCAAGAGCUGCUUUCAGAGACUUUGAAUCAUCGGCUAAAGGUGGUUUUGCUGCUGCUUGGUUUAAAAUUGGAAGGGAGUACGAACAAGUUCCGGACAUUGGUCGCGCUGUAGAUGCUUAUCAACGUGGUGUGAAAGCUAGUGACUGUUCUUCCUUAUAUCGUAUCGGUACUGCUUAUUUGCUCGGUCAACUCAAUUUACCUCAAGAUCCUCAUAAAGCUAUUCCGCUUCUUAGACAGGCAGCUGAAAGAGCUAAUAUUGAUCAACCAAAUCCUGCUUACGUUUUCGGUAUGAUACUGGCUGGAGAAUACGAUCACGUUUCAAUCGAUCAAGCUCUUUUGAGCUCUUCAACAGAUAAACCACCUACUAUUGAAGCAAAGUUAUUCUUAGAAAGAGCUGCCUACUAUCUCUAUCCACCUGCUCUUUAUAAAAUGGGACUAAACCAUGAAUUCGCUUUGCAGGGAUGUCAAUUUGAUCCAUUACUGUCGAUACAGUACUACUCAAAAGCAUCCGAGCUAGGAGAGUUUGAAGCUGAUAUGGCGUUAUCAAAGUGGUUCCUUUGUGGCCACGAAGGUGCAUUCAUGAAGGAUGAGAAAUUGGCAUUUACAUUUGCUGAGAAAGCUGCAAGAGGUAACUUACCAUCAGCAGAAUUUGCAUUAGGAUACUAUUACGAAGUUGGAGUUGGUGGAAUGAUUGAUUUGAAUCAAGCCAAAAAGUGGUAUGCUCGAGCAGCAGAACAUGGAAAUGAUGAAUCAGCCUCUAGAUUGGCAGCAUUAGAAGACGCUCAUCCAAUGUCUAGAGAUGAUCACAAUGAGAUAGUGGGUAGUAGGUUAGUACGUCGUCGCACGCAAGCCAAGAAAGAAUCAGAGACUUCCGAAGCGAGCAGACAGAAGCCGCAGACUGAGGCAGUUGGACAAGGACAGGGGCAAGAGAGUAGUGAUGUGCAAGGAAGCACGAGUGCGCCACAGACGGCGGAAGCAGGUUUUGGAUCGCCGCAAUAUUACAACGCGCAUCAAAGCAUUCAACCCAUGCCGCAAGUGCCAGAUGUAGGACAAGGAAUGCCACCACCAACAAUGCCUGAAGGAAUGACUCAUAAUCAGCUACUAUCACAAGGACCAACACAGGUACCACAGCCACCACCACAACUUAGUAUACCAGCCAAUGUGCCGAGGUACUCACUGGUAGAUGCACCAACACCAAUACAAGAUUCAGCGCAAACAAACUCGAGCAGGCUACCAUCACCCCAAGUGAAUAGUAAUGAACGGAAGCCAUCAAGCGCGACUCGACCAUUGCAACGGCCAGUCAAAGGACCAGCAACAUUUAAUGAAAUGGGUAUAACAGUGGGUACAGCUAAAAAGGACCCUGAUUGUGUAAUUAUGAGCGUUACACUUGAACCAGCCAAAGAGCUCAUCUUUCCACGUCCGCUUGCAUCUCCAGAUGUAAAGGUUGGCACUGCGAUUGAUAAGCAAAUGCUCAAAAUCAAGAACCCUACGGCAACUCCAGUGGCUUUCAAGGUUAAGACUACAGCUCCACGCAGCUACUGCGUCCGCCCAAACGCUGGAAGAAUAGAACCUGGCCAGACUAUCGAUAUACAAGUACUCGUACAAGCUGUCAAGGAAGCACCCCCACCAGGUACGAAAUGCAAGGAUAAGUUCCUUGUGCAGUCCGUGCACAUCAACGAAUCUAGGCAAUCCCUCUCAGUCGCUGAUUUUUGGUCACAAAUCGAGCGUGAGGACAAGACAGCCGUCAUCGAGCAAAAGAUACGCUGCAAUUGGAAAUCAACUCAAUUUGAGACUGUCGGCGAAGAAGAGCCUCCAUCUGACAGCAAUGCCCGUUCAAGUUCCACACAGAAUGGAUCUCAAGGUGCCCCAUUCAUCGCAGCUACUCCUUAUCAACAGGCCUCAGAAUUGCCUCAAGAAUCUACUCCAUCUUCUCAUUUGCCGCCCGUACCUGAGACUGACAUUAAGAGGGGAUUAGGUUUAGACAAUAGUGAAACAUUAGCAGGUGCAAAGAAGCGCAUUGAGGCGUUGGAGUAUGAGCUUACUCAGGCAAAGAAAUCAUCCUCGGGAUACUCCACAGCUACAGCUACCAAGGAAGUACAUGACGGAAUUUCAAUGCCAAUGGUUGCUGGUAUUGCGAUAUCAGUAUUCAUCAUUACUUACCUCUUCCUCUAA